GGAGUCGCCAUCAAGGGGGCACGCAAGGAGUGACAAGCAAAACCAACUUUAAGAAGGGCAGCAACUUUGCAUUUAACUGAAGUGCAUCUUACCAGACAACCAUCUUCCCCAAUCCAUCCAACACGACCAUGUCUCCCUCGCUUUGCCAUGAAACCACCUUCGAGGUUCUCGAAAAUGCAUUUUCUCAGACCCACCAAGAUGUCCUCAUCAAACACCAAUCUUUGUUUAUUUCCAUUACGGAAUCAGUGAGGGAAUACAUGUCCAGAUACGAUCUGUCGCACGACUUCAACCACGUCCUUCGCGUUCUGACACUUUCGCGCCGCAUCCUAGACUGCGAGCAAACGCAGAGUGGCCCUUACGACCCAGUCGUUGUAUUCCUAAGCGCCCUCGUGCACGAUGUCGGCGACCACAAAUACCUCAAGCCAGGGGAAGACGCAGCAACCCAAAUGGCAUCAAUGCUAGUUAAAGCCGGCGCAUCAGACCAAUUGAUCACCCAAGUCCAAACCAUCGCCAACAACGUUUCAUAUACAUCGGAAGUCAAAGACCCGCAACGUCUACAGGGGAUUCUGCGUGAGAAUCGAGAACUGGCUAUUGUGCAAGACGCAGAUAGGCUGGAUGCCAUUGGAGCAACGGGAAUUGGACGGACGUUUGCUUUUGGAGGUGCCAAGAGACCUCAAUACGGACUGCAAUCUCCGAGGGAGCAUAUCAGUGAGAAGUUGGAGACACUGGAGGGCUUGAUGAAGACAAAGACCGGCAAAUGCAUGGCCGCUGAACGGACCAACAGGUUGAAGAUAUUCAAAGUGUGGUGGGAUGAGGAAAUGUGCUUCGAGGCUUGAUUCGGUGAGGUGGCAGCUGAUGGAGAAGAAUAAUGCAACAUUCAUGCAAUGAUUGAACAGCCGAAUGAUGUACUUGCUGCUAAUAGUCGGUGUAUCAACUUAGGGUUGUACAAUUUCAUGUCACCGACAGAAGAAUGCAAGGCUCGUUCACCGCGUGACCGCCUUGCCUGGUGUUUAUAUGAACAUCAAAGACAUAGGUGAUUGAAUUCGUGUACUGAUGAGGUGCUUAGUCAUCGUGGAUGUAUUGGGAUACUGUAUAAAGAAAAGUAACUAUACCUCUCAUGUCUGAAAUUAUUCAUUGCUGCAGCCAUUUUCAUUUGCCAUAAGGUGUUCCUAUUGUACAAUACGAUAGAUCACAUUAUCAAUGUCUAAAUAGUCUUCCGGCGUCAUUAUCGUC